GCCAUUUAUUACCACAUUAUAGGUAACGAACGGUAAAGUAGUCCAAAGAAGUUCCUCGCCAGUUGUAAACGUGCCGAGGUCCAGAAAAUGUUAUGGAGCACCAUGCAGUCAAUCUCUGCAAUACGUCCAUUUUACUGGUGCACAUAUUCGAUUACGAUCAGAUCGGGCUCCAGUGAUUUAUCCCCUGUCCAAAGACUAAAGUUCUGUAUUAAAAGAAGGGCCCGCUUGGAUAACCAAGUCAGAUCCUCGGUUUCUGCAAAACCAAGUUGCAACUGUAGCGAGUUAUCAAGUCAAAUAUCUUUCAUCUAUAAUUGUUAUCCUUGACGCAGUUGUCACUUAGAUUUCGCAAACCUGAUCUGGCUUUGCUUUUCUUUUCUUUUCUUUAUCCAGUUAAUAAAUCGACAAGCUGCUCCGACCACUCGGUCUUUCUGUGAGGAUGGCGAGCUGGCUGGGACUGGCAAGCACUCGCUUCAGCCAUUCUCCAUCACCUUUAGUGUUGCGCACCAAAGAUGGAGAGGAGAAGACGCUGGCUGAUGUUUGCAAGGAAAGUACACCUCCGUGCUGGCUUAACCCUCUCCUCUUCAAUGGUCACCUGCAGACCAUGUGGACGUCUGUCAAAUACGAGGGCCCCUUGGUCUACUACAAGCGGAAGGUCUUCCAAGCAGACUCCACGUACCUUGGCUCCUUUGCCGUGGACUUUGCCGUCGAUCCCCACGAGGAGCAUGAUGCAAAGCUACCCCCGCGCACCGCCUACUACACUGAUGAGGAGUUCAAUAAGCUGGGUUCCGAUGAUAGUCGACCCAUGUUAAUCGUCCUGCACGGUUUAUCUGGCGGCUCGUACGAGCUGUAUCUGAGGGAGGCGAUCCAGCCUCUGAUUGCGGACGGUUCGAACUGGGACGUCAUCGUCGUAAACUCGCGCGGAUGUGCCAACAGCGAGAUCACCAGCGGGGUCUUGUUCAAUGCUAGAGCGACAUGGGACGUCCGACAAGUGGUGAAAUGGGCUCACGAAAAAUAUCCCAACCGGCCUCUAUUUGGAGUUGGCUUUUCUCUCGGAGCAAACAUCAUCACCAACUACGUGGGUGAGGAGGGAGCAGGCUGCUUGCUCAAGGCGUGUAUUUCCGUUGGCAACCCGUUUGACCUGGAGGUCUCGAACAAGGCUAUGCAAAACUCCAUCCUGGGACUGAAUGUCUACUCCAAAGUCAUGGGAGGUAACCUCAAAAAGCUCAUUGCCAAGCAUAAGGAGAGCUUAUUGAAACACAGUGACCUUGACUUCGACGUGAUCGAGAACGUCACGUAUUUGCACGAGUUUGACAGAGCUGUGCAGUGCCAGAGCUGGGGAUACCCCACGGAGAACGCUUAUUACAGAGAUGCAUCUUGUUCCGACUCUAUACUAGGAAUCAGGAUCCCGUACUUCGCCAUAAGCGCCGCCGAUGACCCGAUCGCUGUGGACCAGGCCGUCCCUUACCAGGAAUUCAAAGUUAACCCUUAUACGGUCCACUGCAGCACCUCACUGGGAGGGCAUCUGUCGUGGUUCGAGCUUGGGGGUGGCAGAUGGCACGCCCGCCCUGUGGUGAACUUUCUGCGUGAAAUGGCUGCCAACAUUGAUCUCAACUUCAACAAGGCCAAGGUAAACAAGGAUAUGGAGCCCAAGGCUGCAGAAGCGCAUGGUUUUGAUCCCAUGAGAAGGAGGAUGAGAAUAAAUCCACGACAGCUGAAAGCCGAGUAGACGCUAGCAUCGUCGUGACCCGCUAAUUACCCGUCCGCUCACCUAGACCGCAUAGAUAUAGACGUCAAUUUUAGAUUUCCAUCACACUCAAUGCAUCACGCGUCAUUUAAUUCUCGA